AUGCCAUAUAUCCAGAUACAUGCUAAAGAUGGUGACCCUAUCAGUCCUUUGCUUUUCAAUAUCAUCUUCGACCCUUUCCUCCGUGCCAUCAACCAACAUCAAAGCAUACUUGGGUUUGACUUUACACGCAUUGCAGCCACUAAUCCUCGUUUCUCCUCACAUCUCGCUGACAAUGUUCCUCUCGCAGAUCCAGUCAAAGUCCUGGCAUAUGCCGAUGACACACUAGGUUUCCUCAACGAUCUUAGUGAAUUCCACCAGCUUCAACAGUUGAUAAAUAAGUAUGCCGCCGCGUCCAAUGCCUCUCUCAACUAUCACAAGACGCAAGCAUUGUCUCUCUCUGGUGUACCGCACGAUUCCUGGAUUUUCGGCCUUCGCGCGUCUGGUAUCUCGUCUUGGCAUGACCAGAAUGCUACCGCUCCCAUCAUCUAUCUCGGAUACCCUAUCUGUUCAUCUACCGCUCAAAAAAACUCAUAUUUCGAUGCUCUCCUCACUCGCCUCCGGGGCUUUUGUCGCCUUCAUUCGCUGGGCGCCUCGUUCGUUAACCAAAAUGCCAAACUAACUCGAUUCUCUUUCGCUACUCUCUGCCUCCCUCGUUCUCAUGGCGGCCUUGGUCUUUUGGAUCCUGCUGUGCAGAUCAACGCCCUUCAGUGGCGCUGGCUUCAUCCACUUUUGCACCCAUCCGAUCCCACUCCUCCUACCAAGACUUCUCUUCCUUAUCUCCGUGUCAUCCUCAACUUCUUCCUCGCUACUCCCUCAUACCCCACCUACCACUGGUCUCUCCUCUUUCCUGCCUGUAGGCCAUCAAGCGCCAGAAAGGUCAUCGCUUCUCUCUACAACCUUCUUCGCGCCGUAGAUACCAUUGUUCGCAAGUUUGGUGUCUGUCAUGUUUCCUUCAGUACUUGUCUACGCCUGCCAUUUUCGACCUUGGUUGAACAUAACCUUCCACCCAACCAUAGCUUAUCGCCUACAUUUCGCUCACCAAAGGAAGUGGUAAAUCACUACCCCAGAGUGCUUCAACUUACAGGUAAUGAUGUUUUCAUCUUUGAUACCACCACUCAAGCUCUUCAACUUCGCACUUCGGUCAUCGGCCUACCCCACCAACCCACCAGCUUACGCGCUAUCAAUUUUCUUCAGGCUCAAAACCUACUGCUCACCAACUUCAUUCACUUCAACAUGUUGCUCCUUGUCUCUCGUCCAAACAUCCCACAUAUCGACCUCUCCACCAUCACCAACUAUUCCGAUAGUAUCAGCCUCGUAUCCACCCUUCUACUUUCUUUAUUGGCAACUUCAUUUUCUUUUGAGUCUCAUUCAUUCCUUUUGUCCCUCCCUACUAAUCAAGGAUUCAAAUCCCUCCCCCUUCACAGUAACCCCUUCUCUCAUUCAUCCUCUUUAGGUGUUGCCAAAUGGAAGCAGUUUUGGUCUCUCCAGGUUCCUUUGAAUGCUCGCAAUACUUGGUUCCGGAUCUUUCAUGAAAAAGUUACUACUUGUCAAUUAUUACAUCAACGGCUUCGCGAUUCAUUUACCCCGUACUGUCCUCACUGUCAGUCUUCGUCAUUCACAUCCUCCACUGUCAUCGAAGAUACUGAACACUUUCUCUUUUCCUGUCCUCAAAAAUUGGACGUUUGGCGACAAACUCUCUCUCUUUACCUCUCAUCUCGUUUCGCUCACGUUGCGUAUGAGGAAUACAUUGCCAUCAUCCUCCACCUUCGCCUUGAUAUUGAUCGCUCAUCUCAUGAACUUUUUCCUGCAUUAUCCGUGUUCCAGGUCUUUGCUUGCAUCCAACAGGCCAUCUGGUCUGCUCAUUACCGCCAAGUUUUCCAACACAUUCCUUUCAUCCCGUCUACCGUCAUUCACUCCAUUCACCAUACUCUUCUCAAUUUAGACUCUCAACUGUUUAGAAUAACAAAAUAUAGACAGAGUAAAUACAAUUAG